CUGAGACACUAUUGUGAUUUCAACUCAGUUGGAAAUUUUCAAGCAAAUAGAAAUGACGAAAUAUAAUUUUUCACUAAGUGCUGGAGCGCUAAUUUUUAUAAUAAUUUCUAAUUUUAAUUCCGGAACGGCAGCCGUGUUUGAUGGAACUGAAUUAUAUAGGGUGUCUCCGGUAUCGGCAUCGUAUGAUGACGUGCAAAUUUCUCUCGUAAAAUUGCGACAGAAGCGACAAACUCAGCCAAUUUAUGCAAAAAACCAGUAUGAAAGUGUGUCACAGAAUGCCAAUGGAACGGCCAGCGAUGCUCACAAAACCGCCGAAACAGCAACAACAUCGAACAUAUCAUCCAUUGUAGUACCAUAUAAUGUAGCCGAUAAACCUCUACUGGGUGUAAAUGGUACUGGCCAAAGAAAAGAUUCUGGCUCACAGUUGUCACAGCCAAAAACCACGAUAGUUUCCGAUCCUAUACAAUCGACGCUAGGGGCCGCGGCCGGUUUUGUACAGGAAACAAGCAGCAAUGAUCAAUCGACCGAAACUACCGAGGAAAAACUUAUUGAUAAUGUGGAUGUGCCGGAUAAUGAAACCGUUAGCGAAAUAGAAAAAAACAGUUAUACAGUCAACGUUACGAAUGAUCACCAUAUAUAUUACAAUAGCUCAAUAUAUGUCGAUAAAGCAGAAGCAGACCGAGUUUGGGAACAAAUCAAAAAUACAUCUUUCAAUUCAAUGCUGUCGCAGUCUCAUCGUCGGGCAAUGACUGUGGAGUUGAGCUUUGAUUUCCCUUUCUAUGGCCAUCCUGUGCGGAAUGUUACAGUGGCAACAGGUGGUUUCCUUUACACAGGUGAUUACGUACACUCCUGGUUAGCAGCAACACAAUACAUUGCACCAUUAAUGGCUAACUUCGAUACCAGCUUAUCAGACGAAUCCUUCGUACGAAUCAAAGAUAAUGGCACUGCAUUCACUGUAAUUUGGGAAAAGGUGUCUUUGCAAGAUAAACAAGAUGUUGGAAAAUUUACGUUUAGUGCCACGUUACAUAAGAACGGCAAUAUUGUUUUCAUCUACUACUAUGUUCCCAUCGAUAUCAAUGCCAUUCAAGAUGAUAAGCAUCCCGUUAAAGUCGGCCUAUCUGAUGCGUACAUAAUUGACAAAACGGUUUUCUAUACGCGCAGGAAAACCAUUUACGAGUAUCAUCGCAUAAACUUAUCUAAUACUGGCAUAUCGAAUGCAACAAUAAUUUAUUUGCAAGCUUUACCUACCUGCCUUGAUUACAAAGAUUGCGCGGCUUGUAGCAACCAUAAGACUUCAUUUGAUUGUACGUGGUGCCCAACUUUAAACAGAUGCUCGACUGGCACAGAUCGCAAAAAACAAGAAUGGCAACAGAAAGGAUGUGAUCGUACACAAAUAAUGGAUGCGUCUGCUUGCCCUCCCCUUGGACAGAGAGGUAACAAUGCGAGUCAAGAAAGCAGCAAUAGCAGCACCAGCGGCAGUACCAAUACUACUCCCACAAAUGUGCCUAGCGCCAACAACGAAAAUGACACCCAGAAUAUAACUGAAAAGAGUGCGAAUGCAAAUGAGACGAACAGUGCUAGUAUUACGCCGGUGCAUAAUGACACCAAUGUGGCGAAAGUAGUGAAUGAACCUUUAGAAGCACAUGCUGAGUCGAAAAGCAUGGGGCUUGCUCUUGGCUUCCUCGUGCCCAUAUGUCUAGUGCUAACUAUGGUAUUGUGGGUGUUUUAUGCCUACAGAAAUCCACAUACUAAAAGCGGACAACUUUUAAUUCAGUCGAAGCACUUGCAUCAGGUUUGUACAAGCAAUAAUACACAAAAUCUUCAUUCAUCGCUCACAAUUCAUUCAAUCUAAUAUUUAUUUUAAUGGAACUCGGUUUUUAAUAUACAAUGGAAUCUCGAUAACUCGUAAGCUCGAUAAGACGAUAAUAGCUUGAAGUCAUAAGUCUGCAAUAACCUGUACAAAAUGCACAUAUAGUGGAAUCUUAACUCGUAAACUCCUUAAGUCAAAUACAGGGACUUAAAAGAACUUAUCUAAGUUUUAUAGUGUGUACGUCACGCUAUAGCGCCUCUGCCGCACAAACGUUGCAAAAUUAAAAAAUUCAUGAAAGCGUUAGAUAAAGCUAAUAUGCGUAUCGAAUAGAGAAUUUACUUAUCUAAAUUAAAAAAUUUAAAUUUUUCGGCUGCUGUUUUGCUUUCUAUAUCAAUGAAAGUGAAACAAACUUGGGGGGAAAACGCGGCUAAACAGGUAUAAGACGCGCAUUUAAUACCUACCAUCGGAAGGCCGCUUUCUGUUGUUGGAAUUUGUUAAUAAACUAGGGCUGAUGAUACCCGCGUACCCGGGUAAUAAACAUAUAUCGGUGCCGGUUAAACAAAAAACAUCCGGGUAAGGCGACAUAAAGCUUCAUGUAUAAUCAUUUUCAUGAGGAUAUAUAUUUUUUCAGUGAGAUAUAUUUUUUAAAUUUUUUUUUUUAAGUCUGGAAUGUAAAGGACUAUGUACACUACACUAGGGCUAUUACUUUUUG